GACCAAAACAAAACAAAACAACGUGUUGUUAUUAAAGUGAGUGAUGGUUUUGAUAGCAGAUGCUUUUGGCCUGGAUGUGUCCCCCAACGGGAUACUGGUUGGACAUGGCGACCAGGCGGUGUUCUACAGCUCAAAAGCCAAAGUGGAAAUGCCGGUUCGUCUGCGUGAAGGAAAAGUGCGUGGAUUCGCGUGGAGUUCCUUGAGCCAUUCACAAAGAUUAUUAUUGCUCUAUAGCGAAAAUGAGUACUCCUUGAUUUCAUGUAGCACCAGUACGGAAAAGGAACACUUUGAACUCGUUUACGAGGGCGAAACCAAGGACUGGAUUAAUGCAGCCAUGUUCUUGGACGAUAUUGAUAGGGAAUCAGAUCAUAAAAGGCGAUUUGUUCUCCACACAUCGCACAGUGUCAUCCUGUACCUGGAAUGUGAUCUUUCAACCCAUGCGGAGUGCAAAGUUCUGCAAUUAGCGCGCUGCACCGACAGUUCCAUUCUCUACUACACCAAAUUGCAUGGUAAUUGCUAUGAUAAACUGGCUAUCAUAAGUGGCAAUGCCUUUGGAGAACUAUUGGUAUGGCAAACGCAGUUUCCCCUGGAAUCCCAACCCGAAGCCGUCAUGAAAACAUAUCCCCUGCUUUUGCGGCUGCCAGCCCACAAUGGCGUGAUACACUCCAUCGAUUUCAAUCUGGCCUCCCAACUAUUGGUAACCACAUCGGAUGAUCGUUCGGUGAAGUUUUGGAACAUCCAAAAACCUGGAGACUGGACAACCGCUAAAAUUAAGCCCAUCUUUAGUUGCUUCGGUCACAGUUCGCGUGUGAUGUGUGUGGAAAUCUUUGAAUUAGAUGGUCAGGUGCUCGUGGCCAGCGGCGGUGAGGACUCCUACAUCUGCAUCUGGAGUUUGUCUGGCGAACUUUUACUGAAACGACGGCAGCACUUUGGAGCACCCAUUUGGCGGCUGGGCUUUAGUAAGGAUGCAUGCUCGCUUUAUAGCACCAGCUCCACUGGUAAUUUAGUCGGGCAAAGUCUUAAAGAGGUGCUCAAUAGGACCAGAAACUCCCCCACUGUGCUGAGUAACUUGGGCGAAGCAAAUGAGUUUGUCAGAAACCUAAAGUUUGUAACGGACGAGAUAAUUGUGGGGCUGAGCAGCUCGAAUCGCUUGUAUUAUACCCGAAUGUCGCCGGAUUCCUCUGAUGAGAACAGCUGGCUUAUGAUUAAGGAUUUUCCGUCGUACAAACGUACUGUCCUGGAAGUCUUUGAUGGCAUCAUUGCCACCUGUGGUCAUCGCCGAAUAACCCUUCACCGAUACAAUCCGAAAAACAACGAGUUCGAGCAACUUUUCGAUGGCGUCCGCAUGAAGGGCACCAUACGCUCGUUUCAGUUUCUAAGCAGAGAUCUCUAUCUGGUGUCCGAUAACCUGGGCUACUGCCUGCUGCUGAAAAGCCACCAACUCAGCAUAGACUCGCACAUUGCCCUUUUCAACAACCGCGAGCCGUGGAUAACAGCUGCCCUGCUCAUUUCCCAGAAGUAUCUGUUGCUGGGCAAUCGCGAGGGGCAUGUAAUGCUCUACUACCGCAGUAGCACCGAAAUGGACUUUCAGUUGAAGGAUACAAUCAAGCAUUUACACGGCAACAUGGGCUCCAACUUCUUCAAGUUGCUGAGUCUCAAUGAUGAGUAUGCCUACGUUGUGAGUGGAGGUCAUGAGGCCUUUCUGAAGUAUCUCCAGGUGAGAUUGACGGACUGGUCGCUGUAUGUGAGCCAACGUGAGAGUAUUCCCUUGGCUUGGGUGGAAGCAUCUCCCUCAGAGGACUUGAUCCUGGGUUUUAACGAUAAUCACAUUGUGGCCUGGUCCCGACAGUACGAUGUGCUCCUGCAACUGGCUUGCGGCGGGGGAAAUCGUUGUUGGGACUUCCGACUGAGCGGUAAUCUACUCAGCAUAGCCUACGUCAAGCAAAAGCGUGUGCUCUUCUAUCGCAAUGCGCUCUACAAUGGAGUAGCUAAUGAGAUGAAAGACAUACAAACCAAUAGCUGGCACACUCGCAACUGCAAUACCCUGCGUCUUCUUACCAAUAGAAAUCAAACGCUUCCUUUUAUAGUCUCCUCUGGCGAUGAUAACAUUAUAAAAGUCACGAAAGUAGCCAAUGAUGCCUUAUUACAAUGUGCUGAGCUGCACUCUCACAUCUCAACUGUUCGUUGCCUGCAGACACACCUCUAUAAAUCGAAGGAGGACUCAAGUACAUGGCUUAUUUUUUCAGUUGGCGGACGGUCACAGCUCUGUAUUAGCCAACUAAGCAUAGAUCAGUCCCAUAAAUGCCACAUCACAGAACUGUCCACCCACACCCUGCAAAAUGUCAUGGGAACAUCGUCUAAGACUAGCACCAUUGAGGCCCGAUUGAUGGCAAUUGACAUUGCCCAGCGUUCUGUUGGGGGCUGCUUCUCCAUAUAUGUGGCAGGCGCCGAUGGAAACAUAAGUCACUAUAUCUGGAACGCAGAAGACCCCAGCCAACUCAAUCGAAAGACUUUUACAGAUCUGAAGAGAUGCCCUCUCAGCAUUCAGUGGAUCAGCAGCAAGGAAAUAUUACUGGUCUCCACCUCAAGUGGCGAGGUCACUGGGUACGAUCAGGAACUACAAACGAUAUGUGUGCAACUCCAACUCCAUGUGACGGGCAUAAACACAAUCGAUAUAUACGUGGACAGGCACCUCUUGCACAUAUUAUCGGGGGGAGAUGACGAGAACAUCAAGUACACAGUGCUCAAUUUGGAUACCAAAAGUGUGGAGUACAAAACCGAGUUUCUGGGCCUGCACAAUGCCCAAGUUAAUGCUUUGGCCAUACAUUGUCCCACCAAAAAGAACGAGGAAACUGAAGUGUAUGCCUACACCUGCAGCAUAGAUAGACAGAUCUAUAGAAUAGACCUCAAGACCCACGAGUACCAGAGAGUUGGUUAUACUUGCAUAGCAGAUGUUAAGGGAAUGCUCAUCGAUGAACAUCAGCGCAUGUAUUUUUACGGAUCUGGCUUACAAAUAAGAUAACAGAUGGCAUAAAGUAUUUGUUAACUAAUUAGGAUUAUAAAGAGAGUUUAUAAGUCGUGUUAAAUGGUUGUCAAAAUGUCACAGUGUAACCUGAACUGCCUCAGUUGUCAUUUUCCAAGUGAAACUUCGUUUUUUGUUAAAAAUAAAUGUUAAGUACUUCAAAA